AUGUCUUUAUUCUCCCUCGUCCACUUCUUCUUCCCAAAACAGGUGAAUCUUAUUCCGAUUAUUGCAAAGGCGGACACAAUGACGGUGGAGGAGUGUCGGCUUUUCAAAACUGCCGUUCAGAGCCAGCUACUUCGCGAAGACAUUCACACAUAUGAUUUCCCACUUUCUGCUAUCCCUGAAACAUGCUCUGUUGCUACCACAACAGCAGAUAGUCGUAUCGCCGAGGUAAAACGCCUGCGGUUGCGACAACCCUUUGCUGUCUGCACUAGCUCGCAUGUCAUCACGAAGGAGGACGGAUCGAAGGUGAGGUGUCGAGUGUAUCCCUGGGGAACAGUGGAGACGGACAGCUUGGAACAUAACGAUUUUCAGGCACUCAAGACCCUCCUCAUGCGACAUUUUAUGCAGGAUCUGAUUGAUGUAACCUAUACAACACACUACGCCAACUACCGGACGAACCGUCUGACAGACAUAAUGGAGGCGGCUCACUUCAAUCUACACGAUGGACGCGAGCCUCUCAGUCAGCUAGAUGCUGAGCGGCGAGCUCAUCAAAUUAAACUGGACAAGUUGGUAGAGGAGAUGAAUCAGGUCUACGUGGAGAAGGUACGAGAACGCGAGAAGCGUCUGAAAGACAGUGAACGAGAAAUAGCAGAACAUGUACGGCAGAUGCAACAACAGUUGGAAGCCGAGGCGGAGAAUCUGGCCACGGCCCGCCAGGCAUUCAAUGAUGAGCGCGUCGCUUGGGAAAUGGAAAACCGGGACUAUGCUGAUCCUGACUUCCCGCUCAACAUUGUCACUAUUACGCGUACAUGGUCGGCGGGUCUGUUGGCCUCAUCAUGGCGGAAGCUGCGUUCUUGUUCUCGAUCGCGAAAAAGGCAAUGGAUGAGUCAGCGAUCACAGAGACCCUCCUCAGCUCCUGGUAGAGAACCUACUCUCACCUCUCCUAGUGUCACCUCAUCCACCACGACGGAUGUCGCCAGUUACCAUGUCACCCACAAUUCGGAAGCACUUUUGGCUCCACCGUUAGCACAGAUGGAGACGUAG